GGUAUGAAAUUUAAGGAUGCAAAUGAAAUUUCAGUUUUACAAGAGUAUGCAUACAAAAUUGGUUUCCCAGUUAGAAAAAGAAAUUCGAGAAAGGAUGAUGAUGGAGUAUUGAGAAAUAUUACAUUUGUUUGUAGUCGUGAAGGGAAAUGAAUCAUAAAUACACGCAAGCAACCAUUCAGAGUGUAUGUAAAGCCAAGAUCACUGGAUGUUCAGAUAUUUACGGAGUAUGAAAAAUUAACACAGUACACCUGGAUCACAAUCACAAGACAAGCCCUUCGAAAUCUAGGCUAUAUCGAUACAACCGAGAGUUGAGCGCACAUGUGAAAUGACGACUUGAAGUAAAUGACAUGGAAGAAAUUCCGCUGCACAAGAGUUACAACUCUACAGUUGUUGAAGCUGGUGGAUAUGAAAAUAUGACUUACAUCGAACGGGAUUGUCGAAACUAUGUUGAAAAAGUGAGGUGAUUACGACUUGGAGAGGGUGACGUAGCAGCAAUAAAAUCAUAUUUCUCUAAAAUGCAAGCACGAUGCUCGGACUUUUACUUUAGUAUGGAUUUGGAUGACGAUUUGCGUCUACAGAAUGUUUUCUGGGAAGAUAAUAGGAGUAGGCAGGCAUAUAAGGAAUUCGGUGACGUUGUUACGUUCGACACUACGUACCUCACCAAUAAAUAUGAUAUGUCAUUUGCCCCUUUUGUUGGACUGAACCACCAUGGACAGUCGACACUCCUUAGAUGUGGUAGGGUGUUGAAUGAGGAUACAGAGACAUUUGUGUGGCUAUUUAGGAUAUGGCUACAAUAUAUGCAUGGACAAGCUCCACAUGGGAUAAUUACAGACCAGGAUAGGGCUAUGCAAAAUGCAAUACUAAUUGUGUUCCAUAAUACAAAAUAUAGAUGGUGCUUAUGGCACAUACUUAAAAAAUUGUUUGAGAAGUUUGGAUACCAUGUGGAUAAGAGUUCCAUAUUUAGUAAUAUACACAGUUUGGUCUAUGAUUGCCAAUCUGCGGAAGAAUUCGAAAAUGGCAGGAAAGUGAUGAUCGAAACGUUUAACUUGUAUGAUAAUGAAUGGCUGGUGGGUUUGUAUAAGAAUAGGGGACGUUGGGUACCUUGCUUUUUGAAAACCACAUUUUGGGCAGGGAUGUCAGCAACUCAACGCAGUGAGAGUAUGAAUGCAUUUUUUGAUAGUUAUGUACAUUUGAAGAUAACAUUGACGCAAUUUGUUAAACAAUAUGAACGUGCAUUGAGAAGUAAGGUUGAGAAAGAAUUUCAAGCGGACUUCAAGUCCUUCUCGCAAAUGGUGCCAUGUGCAACGAGAUAUGAAAUGGAGAAACAAUUCCAAGCAGUUUACACAAUUUCAAAAUUCAAGGAAGUUCAAGAGGAGUUCAUAGGUAAGGUUCAUUGCGACCUCAUAUCUGUUUCGGAGGGACUAUCGGGGACGACUUAUGAGAUAUAAGAAGACGUAAUACAUGACGGUUUGAAGAAAAAAACCUUUUUCGUCUCAUCUCAAGAGACAAAUGUGAAAUCACUUGCAGUUGUCACAAUUUUGAGUUUCGAGGAAUUAUUUGCAGACAUACUAUUGCAGUACUGGUCUGUAAUGAUAUCAAAUCAGUUCCAAAAAGGUAUAUAAUACGGAGAUGGCGAUAAGAUGUCAGUAGAGCCCACACGAGGGUAGCAGUGCAUUAUGAUGGUAUGGUUAGUUUUCCGGACAAAUUGAUGUACGACAAAAUGUGUCAACGCUUUGCUACAUUGGCGGACAUGAUGAUAGACGAUGAAGUCAAAUCCAAUGUCAUAAUUGAGUGGAUCGAUAGUCAAUGUAAACAGAUGAUGACGUUGAAGUCAAGUACUAGUAGUAAUAUCUUGUCCCCGUAUAUUACUCAAACAUCAUCCAAGUGUGGAGCAUCACUAGAUAUUGGAGGUGGUAGCAUCAGAGAUCCAGAAUGUGCGAACAGAAAAGGUGCCCCUAGGAAACUUUGGAAGAAGAGCCAAUUGGUAUUGAAUAUGAACAGAGUUAAGCCAACUUCGAGUUCAACGAAGGGAAAGAAGUCGAAGGUAAGCAAGUAAUACAGGAAAUGAUGCACCCAUCUUUCAGUCACCACAUCAAUUACACAUGCCGCUACCUUUCUCAUAUACGCAUCUCCUUAUGGGUGGCAACCAAAAUCUUCAAUUCACACAACACUUACAGUCCACAUGUGUCAACCCUCCAUCCUCAACAAAUCUUCUAUUCAACAUGCAAGGUAACAUAGUUGUUAUAUAGAACAUAAUAGUUUACAAACAUUAUUCAUUACGUACGUUCAUUACUAUAUAAUAAACAACCUUAAGUGAAGUCGACAUAUGAAGGUAUGGCUACAAGACAUAUGAAUGAUGCUGUUGACAAUGAAACACGACAGUUAGAUAAUCACCUUGAUGGAGGAAACAUCAUCAAUCCCAAUAUAUGAGCUCUCGGCCGUGCUGUAACCAUAUGAAGUGAGUAAUUAUUUGCCAUAUAACUUCGUAGCAACGUGGAUAUUAUUCCACAAUGUGUCCAUGUUUUACUAUUUUUGAUGUUUGCAAUUAUAAUCAUGCAAUGGAUUGGAGAGUUUUCACUUUCUGUUUUGGAGGCUGGAAUCUUCAGGUCGUGUUACUUGGCUGCUAUUGAUAAUUACUUUGUUAUUUUUUUUAAUUUCAUUUUAUACUCAACUAUCGUGAGGUUCCAGAUGUGCGAGUUUCUUUUGCUUUGACAUCUUACAAGUGGCAGAUGCGUGCUUGCAUUUGUUGUCCUCAAAAUUCUUAUGGACUAUGAUUGUUUACGCUCCAGAUUUGCUGCAUUCAGUCCUAUUAGCUCUAUAGUUUUAGCUUCCCAAUCCUUUUGGUUGAUUAGUUUAGUUAGAACUUAGAAUGCUGUUGUUCUAAUAUAUAUCAUAGCGUUGUUUUUAAGACUUGUGAUUUUGUCUCUAUGUAUAUUAUGCGGAUAAGUAAGUGCAGCAUUUCUGUUAAAAUUAGUGUGAGUUUUCAUUGAUUGGUAUUUGACAUUUUAUGUCUUCAAGCUGAUGUUUUUUCUAAUUUGCUAUUGUUUAACAAGCUUUCUCAUAUUUGUGGUUAGCCUUGUUGAACUUGAAACUUACCCUCGGUCACUUUUACCUAAAAGGUAAUUUGAGACUUGGAUAUAAAGGUGGUUUUGGGUUUAUCAGAUGUGUCUAAUGGAUUUUGUGUUUUAUUAAAUGGCUAGGAGCAGUUAUCAAGAAAUGUUUUGUGAGACCUUAUUUUAGAAGAUUGCAUUGUGAUCAACUCUGAGUAAGAGCAGGGAAUUUACAAGGAGAUGUGGAGAUCAUUACUAAUUGUGGGGAUGAAGAGUUGAAGGAAUUGUUGUCGAAGUAGAAUGAAUCAGGCGAAACUGUGCUUUAUGUUGCUGCAGAAAGUGGUCGCAUUGGUUACUGCAUAAUCUGCUCCAUUUGCUCGAUUUUGUGAUCCAUCAACCUUGUAAAUCUGAUAUUAUUUAAUUAUGUUUCGGAUAUUAAUUGCUUUUACUACCAUUUUACUCUUGGAAAUUUUAGCAAGAAUGAAGAAGAAAAAAGCUAGUUAUUUUUCUCUUUGAUUUCAAUGCCAAGUGGCUGUGAUUGUUCGGGUAUCUUGAUGAACUGUAAAUAGCUUGUGAGCUUAGCCUAUCUGGAUAAGCUUAUAAAAAUUACUUGUGAA